GAAGCGGAGCGAGUACCGACGAGGCGGUCGUUUACUGCAUCGCAUGCAGGUUGACUUGGAAAAAUCCGUCCUCUGUUGAUUCGUUGGCCAUUGGAAUGAUUGAUUUCUAGAUUUUGCGUUUAUUGCUGUUUCAAUGACGGUGCAUGUACACAUACACAUGUAAUCAGCUGCCUCCUAAAAAUUCACCAUGAGCUGGGUAGUGGACGAGUGGAAAGACGGCCUCCCGGCCAAGGCGCUGCAGAAGAUCCGGGAGAUGGAGACCAAGUUGGAGCGUCUCAGCAAGGAGCACAAGCAGAAGCAGUUCCAGCUGGAGAGCCUAGAGGCUGCUUACCAGAAGCAGCUUCGGAAAACGGAAGAAGAAAAGAACGUGCAGGGCACACUGAAGCGAGACAACCAGAACCUGGCGGAGACAUGCCAGGAGCUGGAACGCAAGCGGGAGAAGGUCAUGCAUGACCUACAGGCUAAGGAGACACUAGUGUCUUGUCUUGAAGGCAAACUGUCUCACAGUCAACAACAGCUGGAGGUGGAGACUAACCGAGCUGUGCAGGUGAAGAACGAACUGGAGAGGGUGCAGCUGGAGCACAACGCCUGCCUCCAGAGGAUGGAGAAGCUGAGUGCCGACCACACCCGGCUGCAGGAGACUUACUCCCAGCAGCAGCACCGGCUGGAGAGCCAGAACAGCCGCGUCAAGGCCCUGCAGAAGGAGUCGUCCCAGCUGAGGGACAAGCUGGACAUACAGGAGGGCAGGCACCGCAACUUCAGCUCCUCGUCUCAAGGGAGCUCAGCAAGCGAGGAUGAAUACACGUCCAUGAAGCAGCAACUUAAAGAUAUGGAGGCUGCCAAGAUGAGAGAGAUCGCCCGCGUCAAAGAGCUUGAAGAGCUUCUAGCUCAGACCAAGACGAGCAACACCGUCGUUCCACCAAAGGAGCAACCUACCGCUGACCUGAUGAGCUUUGACAGCCCUGCUAAGCCCCCUAAGAAGGUCGCCACACCAUCCUCAAAUGAUGAGCUGACUAACAAGCAUGCACUGCUGGACAUGGAGAAGACCGUCCGUGACCUGAAGAAACAGAAUGAAGACCUCAGCCAAGCGAAGCACAAGUUAGAGUUGCAGCUGCAGGCCAAAGACAAGGAGCUGAACAACCUACGUAGCCAGGCAGCAGACAGUGAGAAACAGCUGGCAGAAGUCCGGAAAGCUCUCGCAGAGAAGGAAGCUGCAUUCAACAAACAGCUGGACGAGACAAAUAACUUGAGAAGCCAGCUGGACAAGGCCACUGCAAAGCUGGAAGAAUUGGAAAGGAAAUCCAAGCAGACGGUGCAGGAGUUGGAAUGCCAACGCCACAAUGCCGAGGCUGCCCGCAAUUCACAAGAGCAGCGCUUCAAGGAGCGAGAGAAACAGCACAAGCAAGAACUGUCCCAGCAGGCACAGCUCGUCACCAGUCUUGACAAAGAAUUCAAAGAUGCCACUAACAAGCACCAACAGGAGAUCAACAAGCUGACGUCCGAGCGCAGUGUGCUGCAGUCGCAGUUUGAGAAAGCUCAGUUCGCUGCCCAGAAAUUGGAGAGGGAGAUGGGGGAGCUCAAGCAGCAACUUGACAGAGCCGACCAGAGUGUCAAUUCGCACGAAAAAACAGUUGCUCAGCUGGAGAAGACACUUGCUGACCUCGUCAGAGAGAAGGAGAAUUUUCUUUGCAAGCUUGACCAAGGCAGCUGCAAGAUCACCAAUCUCGAGAGCCAGGUGGCGCAGUUGAAACGAGAGUGCCAGCACAACGAGGGCCUCGUGAACGAUCUGCAAGGGAAGAUGCAGCAGAAGGAGACCGAACUGGACACCUUCAGUGCCAAGUCCGACAACCGCAUGAAGGAACUCAACAACAUCGCGGAAAAUUUGAAACUGCAGUUGUCGGCUGUGGAGACCAAGCAUUCCUCUGCGCAAGAUUUAGUCCAGAAACGAGAGCACGAGAUUCAGACGUUGACACAACAGCGAACAGUGUCAGAAGAUGCUAAGCAGAAGCUCCAACAACUGGUAGAUGGCAGUGGCAGAGAGAUUGACGGAUUGAAGAGAGAGGUUUCCACGCUGAAGCAGCAGAAUAACAGCAUGAUGGAAACAGUGGAGAGAGCUAAAGAUGCUCAAACCCAGCACAGCAGACAAGUUGUGGAGAGGGACAACAGGAUUACAGAGCUGGAAGACCAUCUGACGGCAUCAAAAUGUGAGGUAGAAUCCGUCAGGUCCGAGCUCGCCAGCAUCUUGCAAGAGCAGGAGAGUGAGAAGAUGUUGCUGGGCAACCUUCGUCUGGAGAACAGCAGUCUCCUGUCCGACUACAAGAAAGCUUGUGAAAUGGCGGACGCCAGGGGAACAGAGGUAACCGAUCUGCUGGAUAGGCUUGACAAAUCAGAGUCUGAGGUUGAAAAACUAAGAGAGCGGUUGCACAGAGCUGAAGGGGACUUGAAGCAGGCCAAGAAAGCUGAACAAGAUGCCAAGAAGGUUGAACUUGAACUGAACAAAGCUGCAGCAGACACGGAAGAGUUUCUGCAGUCGCUGAGAAAGGAACUGGACAGCGCAAAAACACAGCUCCAGCAGUCUGAGGAAAAACACCAAGCUGCUGUGGCUGCACUCAAGGCAAAGCUUACAGGAACUGAAUCAAGGAUCAGUGAGCAGUCGAAAGAAAUCUCUGACCUUGUGGAGAAGCUGAGUCACCGGGAAAAUAAGGUGGAGCAGUUGGAACAACAACUUGAAAAGGCCGAGUCUGAUGUUGAGAAUGCGAGAGCAACUGCUGAAGCAAGCUCCAGGGAAGCGUCGGAGAUUGCAGCUGAGCUCAGCCUUGCCCAGAAGGAGCUCAGUAACGCUAAGCUUGAUUUGGACAAUGCACUGAAGAUCUCGUCUGCUGCUCAGCGCGACCUGAAUGCCUCACAAGAGGAGCUGGACUCUACAAAAGAGAUGCUGUCUAGAAAGGAUGAAGAUGUAAAGCAGCUGACGACGGAGGUGUUGGAACUGACCUCCAGACUUGAUGAAUCCACCAAAGCAUUCGAGGCAUCCCUUACAAGGUCGGAAGAGGAAAAAGCAGCCUUGAUGGAGAAGUGUGAUCACGCAGAAGCAGUCAUUGCUAACAAGGAGUCAAAUCUCGAGGAAAUGAUGAGCAAGGCUAAAAAAGCCGAAACAGAAGUUCUCUCGCUCCAGGAGAAGGUCCAAAAGCUUGAACAAAUUGAGACCUCAGCACAGAAAACAGUGGAAACACUCCAACAACACGCCACUGAUCAUCUAGAACUCUUACGGGAAAAAGAUACCAAACUUUGCUCCGUGGAAGCUGAACUGCACCAACUGCAGACCAGUUUUGACAAACUGUCUGGUGAUCUAAGAAACACAGAGGAUCAGCUUGAAAACUUAAAAGCAGAUAUGUUAAGCCAGUCUGAGCAAAGUGAGAUUGCACUGAAACAGAAACAAGUGCUUGUAGAUGAACUCUCUUCACAAAAACAAUCAGCAGAGACGGAAUUCAUUCAGUUACAGGAAAAAUUCUGUGAUAGCGAAAAGAAGCUUGGUCUCCUCAGAAUGUCCUACUCUGAUGUCCAGGACAGAUGUGACACCAGCCAAGAACAACUGCAGAGUAUGGAAUCACUCCUCCAGAAGAAGAAGAAAGAGAUUGAAGAGCUGCAGCAAAUGUUUGAUCAGAUUAUAUCUGAGAAGACGAUGUCUUUACAAGAUCUGGAGGCAUCAAAUUCAAGUCUGACGGAAAAAUUAAGCCAGAGUGCAGCUGUCGUCCUUCAAAAAGAGGCCCAAAUAGAAAGUCUUGAGAGAGAACAUGACACGUGUAAGCAUGAACAUGAAACUACCACUGCUUCCCUACUUUCAGAAGUGGCAGCACUCAAGGACCAAGUCUCCGACUUGGAAGUAAUUCUGGAGAAGACCAAGGAUCUUCAUCAUGCCACAGAGGGGGAGCUACAGCAAACUAAAGAUGAACUGACAACAACCAAGGAAGAGAACCAGAGAAUGCAAGGUCGCCUGGACCUGAUCCAGAUGGACAUCGACGACAAGGAUGACUGCAUGCAGGCUUACACCGAACAGUUGGGACAGAUGGAGAGCACCAUCAAAGCCCUGGAGGAAGCCAAGGAGCAAAGUGACUUCAUCAUUGGCGACUACAAGAUGGAACUCUCCAAGGCCCAGGAUGACAUGGAAGUUAUCAGUAAAGAAAGGGAAAGCCUUCAACAGGGGCUUGCAAAGGUUGAGCAAAGGGAGUCAAACCAACAGGAAGUUCUGAAGAACCUGAGGACGGAGCUCAGUGAAAGAGAGAAUGACUUUACUUCACUCACAGAAGUAAGUGAAGCUCUGAAAACCAAGUUCCAAGCCAACGUCUCUGAAAUGGAGAACAAAGACAAAGACAUUGAGUCAUUGAACAUCCAGUUGGAAAAUCAGAAACAGACCUUGAAUUGCUUGCAAUCCGAUCUUGAAGAGAAGACAUCUUUGGUCAGUGCCUUGGAGGAAAAGUCCAUCCAGUUGGCCAGAGAACUUGAAAAAAGAGACACUCUGCUUGAGGAUGGGCAACGCACUGUUGAAUCUCAUAUGGAGCAGCUAAGAGAUUUGCAGAGCAAGCUGUCUCUCAAAACAGAAGAGCAUGAAGCAUCCGUCGUCAAGAUGACCCAAGAGAUGAAUACCCUGCUGUCCAAACUUGAGGUCAGCCAGAUGGAUGUGGAAGACCGUGAGCGAGCUCGUCAAGAGAUGCUUGAGAAGCUGGAGCAGAAGCAGCAGAUAUGCAAGCAGCAGGAGACUCGCAUCUCUUGCCUCACCCUGGACUUAGAGGAGCUUCAGAGGAACGCACAGGAGCUGGAUGCUGCCAAGACCUCCCUUGAGCAAGCAUUGGCUGAGAAGGAAAAGGAAAUCAAAGCAUCUUCGGAGACGGCCGAGAGUAUAACUGAUGAUUUAAGACGGGAAACUAAAACACUUGAAGAGCAGGUAUGCAGCCUGGAGGGUGAACUCCAAAAGGCACAUUUCACCCUUGAGAACACAGUGGAGGAUCUGAGCAGCCUCACAGAGCAGUUUAAUGUGACAAACGAGAAAUGCGAGCAGCUGCAGCAACGUCACGGGGAACUUACGUCCAGCCACGAGGAGCUGAAGCAAGAGUUUGAUGCAGUUGUCGGCCACAAAGAUGCACUCGUCCAAACCAGUCAGAACUUAAGGGAGGAGCUGGAGGAAACCAAAUCAGCCUUGCAACAAGAAAGUGCGGACUUUGAGACAGAGAAGAAAGCGCUAGACACUACAGUGCAGUCACUCACAAGCAACCUCAGCUCUUUACAGUCAACCUAUGACGAGACUGUUACAAAACUGACGGAUGUUUCUAAAGAAGAGCAACUAGCCAAAGAAAUGCUGGAAAAACUUCAGCUGGAUAUGAGGGAGCAGCUGACCAACUCAACAGCAACCACAGCAACCCUGAAAGAAAAAGUGCAACAUCUUCAAAAUGAGCUUGAAUUAACCCAAGAAGCUCUCCAGCAGAUGAAUAUGAAGCUCUCUGAAGAAAAAAAUAAUCGCUGUCACUUCCAAGAGACUGCAGCACUUGAAAAAGAAAAUCAGGACCUCUUGAUCAAGGAGCUGACACAGAAGCAGGCCUUGACGGAAGCUCUGAUAAGUGAAACAGAGAGUAGGCUAAGAGAGGCCGAGACAUCUCUGGAAGCUUCCAGGGAGUGUGUCUCCACCUUAGAAGCUUCAAAGGAGUCCUUAGGUACAGAUUUCAAGGCUCUUACGCAGAAAGCUGAUGAACAGGAGAAGACCAUAAUCAAGCAGGGAAAUCAGAUUUGUGACUUGGAGCAAACUUUGGCCGAGAAGGAGGCUGAAAUUGAGGAAAUGAAAUCACACCUUGAAGACACAGAGGACCAACUCUCUAACAGCCAGAGGGACUACAAGAAAGAGCUGGCGGAGAAAAGGAAGGAGGUUGGCCACCUUCAAACAGAGUUGGCCCAGCUCAGGGAAAGUUUUGAACUAACCCACAGUGCUCUUAAAACUGAAGAGGAAACAGUUAAGGAGAAGGAUCAAGACAUUGAAGCCCUCAGAGCACAGUGUAAGAGUGAGGUUGGAGCCAUUAGAGAACAGCUCGAGCAGUUGGAGACCGAAAUGAGGGUGGCUCAGCAGCAGCACAUGGAAGACAACCAUAAGAUAGACGGACUGAUCAGUCAAAUUGCACAACUGAGAUCCCAGUUGGAAGCUGACAGAGAUCUUCAUGAAAGGAAAGAGUUUGAGAUGAUUGAGCGUGAAGCCCAAGCGCAAGAGAAUAUGGACACUCUCAGAGAGAAGAUAUCGCAACUGAAACAGAGCAUCUCAAGAAAGGAUGACUCAAUCACAGAACAAAAAGAAGCUGUGGAUGGACUCCGUGAUCGACUUGCCCUUCAAGAGAAAGCCUCCACAUGUGUCGUAGAGGAACUGAAUGCCAAAAUUGAGUCUGUGGAAGCUGAUGUGCUUCGUCUGGAGGAACAACUGAGAACUAAGACAGAGUUAAGUGAGCAUUUAGAGCAGCAGAUAGAAUCCUUGAGAACUUCACUUGUUGGAGAAAAAUCCUGCCUGCUGGAGUCUCUCGCAGAAAGUGAGGAAAGGCUGGAACUGGCUGAAAAAAGUCACAGAGAUGAGACAGAGCAAUUGAGAAGGAAGUUGGACACACUUGCUCAAGAACAUCAAGAUGCUCUGGAUGCUGAGAAGAUGUGCAAUGUUAAGCUGCAAGAAGACCUACACAAGACAAGGGAAAUGUCCGUAGUACAUAGGGAGUCUUUGGAACAUGAUCUCGCUUGUCUGAAGAAAGAGAAGUUACAGCUGGAGACGACACUUGUGGAAAUGAAGAACUACUCAGAAGAAAAAGACAUUGAGCUCCACCAGCUCAAAAAUGCUCAAACGGAGAGCAACCAGAAGUUGGUGGCCUCCAUUGAGCGCAUCGAGGCCCUGCAGACAGAGGUUCGAGAGCAGCGUGACGCUUUGGCAAUUGCUGACAGGGAGAAUUCCCAGGUUAGAGAAGAGCUUGAGCAUCAGAUCAGUCUUCUAGAAAAAAGGAAGGAGGGUCUGUCACACAAGCUGGAAAUGACACAGAGAGAGGCAGAGGACCUUCUUGAGAGUAAAAACAUCCUGGAGCUGGAGGUGGUCUCACUGAAGCAGAGUGUGGCAGACGGCAACGAUUUUUCAGAUGCAGUCAAAGAAGAACUUGUAACAAAGCUUCAGCAUUUCCAAGAGGAAAAGGAACGUGCCGACCGAAGGAUAAGUGAUCUACUUCAGCAGCUGGAUUCUUCAAGGAAGGAAAGGGAUGAGCAUGAGUAUCAACUGAGCAUCUUGAAGAAUGAGGCAGAAUUGCAGGGUUUCACCACGGAGGACCAAAAGGCAAGAAUGGAUGAUAUGGGUGCUGAGAAUGAGAGUCUGAAAGAUGAAAUAGACAAGCUAAGAGGAAGACGGGUAAAGCUUCAGGCAGAUUUGGACGAUGCCACCAGCCAGCUGCAGGUGCUGUCCACUGAAGUGGAGCAUUAUCAGUCCAAGCAAAAUGAGCUGCUCAAGCAGAAGGACCAGAUGGAAGAGGUCAGGCAAUCCUUGGAAACAGAAAUGGAAUCUCAGAGAAUUGACGUGUGUAAACUCCAGGACAUUUGUACCAAUCUUCAAGAUGAGGCAGGAGAAAGAACAAGUGCUUUUCAAUCGCUGCAGUCAGAGAACAAAGAAUUGGUCAGUAAAUACGAAAACCUUAGCCAAGAGAUGCUCGAAGCUCAAGAAUCUUUGAAAUUGACCCAGGAGCAGAAGGCACAAAUGCAGGAUGAAAAUACCGGCCUGUCAAGAAAGAUGGAAGAUCUUGAGGGAAUGAUAGGAAAUCUCCAACAGCAGGUAUCUCAGGAGAGUGCUGCCAAAUUGGAUCAUCUAGAAAAGGCCAAAUUGUCAAACAGUGAUGUUGAAUCUCUGACAAUGAAAUUGCACGAAAAGGAGUCUCUGAUUGGCAGAUUAGAAAUUGAAAAGGAGGAAGCGCUUUCUUCUCUGCAGUCUUCUACAGAAAAGGUGUCUUCAGCACAGCAAGAGACUCGGGAUGUUAAGAACGCCCUCUCCACCUCACUCCUCGAAAAAUCUGACCUGGAAAAACAGCUGGAAGCAUUACAGAUCAGACUGAAGGAUAAUGAAAAAGAAUUGGAGAACCUGGCCCAAGAAGUUUCACUGAAGGAGCAACAGAAGAGGGCGACAGAAGAGGAAUUGAUAUUGAAGCAGACAGAAGCACAAGAGAUGAAAGAUGCUUGCAAGGGGCUGGAAAACGAGAUAAGCAGCAAUGAAACUGAUCGCAGCCAAGUGGAAUGCCAGCUUGCACUGUUUGAAUCAACUAUUGCCGAGCAAGCGAGAAAGAUAACCGAGCUGUUGGAAUUGGUGGCCAAUGCGGGAGCUGCACAGCAGGAAGCAGAGAGGAGGGGGCUUGUCUCCACCUCAGAGAUUCAACAAGAGCUUGAUGCCCUCACCAAAGAGAGGAAUGAACUUGCUGCGGAGAACCAAGAGAUAAAUCUCAAGGUUCAAACCCUCACGAUUGAGACUGCAGACCUGAAGACACAACUCAGUCUCCAGCAAGCUGACUCCAGACAGAAGAUUGAGCAGUUGACUUUGGGAGUCAGUCAGCUGCAGCAGGAGAAGAACCAGACUUUAGAGAUAAUGGAUUCUAUUCAAACUAAUCAUAGUAAGGAGUUACUGGAAAGGGGAGAACUUGAAGAUGAAAUUAAGUCGAACGAAAAAGACAUCAAUGAGAAGAACUCAAAAAUUGCAAGCCUUCAAGCUUCUUUGGAGGCAACAGAAAAAGAGAUAGGAGAUUUGACCGAGGCAUUGAGAACUACACAGAAAAGUCUAGAGGAAGCUAAUAGCGACAACUGGGAUGUGACAGAGAGCCUUCAAGAUAAACUGAUAGAGUUGUCUGCUGCCGAAGAAAAAAUUGCUAACCUCACUCAAAAUAUCCAGUCUUUGGAGUCUGAAAAAGAAGAAAUAUCCAAAAGAUUUCAUGAAACAACCACUGAUCUUCAGGCCAAAGAAGAUGAGCUACGAGAACAACUUCACUAUCAUUCCGAGCAGCUUGAAAAUAUUUCUCGUGAGAAGGCGGUUCUGGAUGAAACCCUCGCAUCUUUGAGGCCAGAACUUGAAAACCUGAAUCUGAGACUAGCCCAAGUCACAUCAGAGAACGAAAGUUUGAAGUCAGAAAGGAUGGACUUGGCCGAUCAAGUCAAGGUAGUGGAAUAUGAACACAAUGAAAUAGCACGUACACUGGAGGACCUGAACAGUCAAUUACAGAAGAAGGAGUCCAGGAACUGUGCAAUGGAAGAACAGCUGAAUGCUGCUGAGUCCAAAACACUGCAGUUUAAGGCGGAAAAGGCCGAGUUGGAAGCUCAGUUGAACACUCUGCAAUCAGAGACCCAAGCAAUGGAGGAACAAAUCUCACUGCUGGUGUCAGAGAAAGCAGAACUGCAGCUACUUGCCAGGCAAGCACAAGAGUCAAGCACCACCAAGGAGGCCAAGCUGUCUCAACUCAGGACUGAGCUAGAGGAGGGCGAUAAACGAUGCCUGAGCCUGGAAGAAGCCCUGCGAGAGAUGGAGAACAGCACCAUUCAAAGAGUGGAAGUGUUGACUGUAGAACUUGAGGAGGCUAAGAUGAACCUUGAUACAGUAACAGAGAGCAAAAAGUUGGAGCUUAAAGCUCUCAGCAGUGAGAAGAACGACCUUGAGAAGAGUCUACAGGCGAAGCACGAGGAGCUGCUCAGACUCCAAGCUGACCUGCGGACACAGGUUGAAGGAUUUGAGCGGAGGUUAAUGGCGCUGGAGGAGGAGUCUAAGAUUGAGGUCACUGCCAUGCAGGAAGAGCAUGGUCACCAAAUUGCAGUGCUGGAAGAAAAGCUGGAAACCGAGAAAACAAAUGUCUCGGAUAUAGAGAAGCUGCUGGAGACAUUGCGUGUCGAGAAGGACCAAUCAGAAGAAUCCUGGGCAAGUGCCAGGGAAGAGCUGCAGAGACUUCAAACCCAGGCUGAAGAGCAGGAGGAGAAACUGCAAAAGAAGAAAUUAGAAUGUGAAGAACUCAAGUUAUCUAUUGAGAAGACUAACCAAGCUACGAAGACGAUGAGUAUCAAGCUGAGGAGAGCUGAGCAAGAACUAUCACCGGGGCAGCAGCAACAACAAGCACUGAAAAAGAUGGAGGCACAGUGCACGAAACUCCGCGGGCAACUCGCUGACGAAAAAUCGGCUCGUGCCAGAGCGGAGGAAACCCUGGAAAAGGCAAAAGGGCUUGGUGAGCAGUCUCUGAAAGACAGCGAAGCCAGGGUGCAGGAGCUGAUGAAGAACUCGGAGGAGCUGCGGAAGGACAAAGAGUCGCUUCAGGGGAAGCUCCAGUUCUCCCUGAACAAUGCCCGCCGGCUGGAGAGAGACCUGUCUAGCCUUCACAAUCACGUGGCAGAGAUUGAAGCCGAGAUGAGAGAUACGAAAUCGGGAUCUAGGAGACCAGCAAGCGAUGCUGAGACCAGCCCUGAAGUGGAGGAACUCAGGAGGAUGCUGGAAGAGAAGACAGAUGAGGCUGAGAGCCUGAGAGAGCUGGCCCAGACCAAUGAGGUGGAAGCCAACCAGCACCUGAAGAAGCUGGCGCAGCUGAUCAGGCGCAACCAGAAGCUGGAAGGCACCAAUGAAACGCUGGCCUGCCAAGUCAAGGCUCUGACCAAACUGGUGAGGGAUGCCAAGAUAUUGAAAUCAAAUAAUAUCAAGCCAACCGAGGCAUCCUCAAAUGUACCUGUCCAAGUCAGUGACGCUACAGGUAAAUCAGGUUUGCUUCCGAAACAUCAAAUCCCGAAUGGUGAUGCCCGAUCUAAAGCUCAACCAUCAGCUGAGCUUCAGCCAGCAACGGCACCACCUGUUGUUUUACCAGCACCUGCUGCAGUACCAGUUGCUGCUGCUGUUCAGCCUACCAAAACUCCAAGUCCUGGCAGAAGGAUAACCAGACUGUCAUCGCGGAGGCAUUCCAACAACAAGGAGCCUGCAGUACAGCCGAACUUUACAACCAACGAGCCAGCGUUGAAGCCCAUGAGCAAAGAGCCAAAGAACGACGACAGGCCUUCAGGUGACAAACCUGAAUCCUCUGGUCAAAAUGACAGGGCGGCGAAUAACCACGCCAGCCACUUGCCCGUGCGGACUGGCAAACGCCCCCUGAGCACUCCCGUGAAGCCUGCAGAGACCAAACGCACCAGGCACCAGAGCGGUGAUGAUGGCAGUCAGCCAGACCAAUCAAAGGAACAACCUGCAGACCUUAGGAAUAGAGCCGGAAGACUUACCAGGAGUCGAAUUAGGCCACCAACUGCCACACGUGCCACCACCCGCAGUAGCCACAGAGCACGGGAUGUGGAGCCACAGCAUCAGCAGCAGCAAACCAAAGACAGCAUCCUGCCUGCUGACAGCAGCCAAAACCAGCAGUCGGGAUUCAGCUUCAGAGUGUCGUCCUCGCAGGGCGAGACGAACCGGGUCACGCGCAGCCAGCAGUUAUCAGGCGAGGUUGGGCCUAACCCUGCGGCCUUGGGGACCAUCACCAACAGUCCCAGGAAGGUGACCACGACGACCACCGAAGCCGCCAAACGUCGGCAGGUCGGCAAGCCCAAGCGUCGUCUGAGCCUGAACAAGUCCCCAGAUCACCCUAGGAGGCAGCAGACCGUGGCCGGGCAAAAUGACAAGGAGGAGAACUGCCAAAUACAGUGAACACAGAUUUUCUUGAAAGGAAUUCCGAGUCGGGCAUUUUAUGAGAAGCCAUGCUGUCGCCUGAUUCUUGUUAAACGUUUCAGUGGCCAUAUUUCUCAGAGCCCGUGGGAUGACUUGUUACAGAAGUGGCUUAAAACGCACUGU